AUGAGUGAACUCUCUGAGUUUCAGAAGAGACGUCUUGAGAAUAUCAAGAGGAAUAAUGAUUUGCUGAAGAAAUUGAAUUUAACCGGUGCUGCUACCAAGAUCAAGCGAGAAGCUGGUAUAAAUGAGGAUCACCAUCCCAAAAAGAAGAAAGCUGCUCGAAAACCAGCCGAAAAGAGAAGUGUGUCUCCCAAGGUACCCAAAGUACCGACUAGACGUUCUAGCAGGCUAAGAGGACAGGCAGCUGAGGGGAAUGGCGUGCCUAAUGUUAGUGAUAAUCACUUGAUGAAGAUGGGGAGAAGCAAUUCCCCAGAUCAGGCUUUGGUCGAUGAGAUGAAGGAUACAAAGAUAGUUGGAGAUGUCAAACUUAGUGAUCUUUUGAAAGGUGAGGAUGAAGAAGAACUGAUCAACAAAUUCAAAUUGUACGCUGAUAGGAACUUUUCAUCCGGUGAUUUCUUCCAAGAGAUUAGAAAGCACCAGGGCAAGUCAAAACCUCAAUUAGAUGAAUUGCAAAAAGAUUUUGAUUUACAACCAUACGAUGUUUUCCAACCUAACGAGAUCAAGAUCACGCACGAUCGUAUCACGUCAAUGUAUUUUCACCCAACAGUCGAUAAAAAACUGAUUAUUGGUGGUGAUACAUCCGGAAACAUUGGCCUGUGGAACGUUCGCGAUGAACCUUUAGCCGAGAAUGGUGCCGAUGACCUUGAAGAGCCCGACAUAACAAGGGUUCAACUAUUCACAAAAAAUGUUGGAAAAAUAGAUUGUUUCCCGUCGGACACCAGUAAGAUUCUUGCCGCAUCCUAUGACGGGUUUAUUCGUUCAAUCGACCUAAACACCUUAAAAAGCGACCAGCUGCUGACACUCGCCAAUGAAUACGGCGAAGCAUUGGGUGUUAGCGAUUGUCAAUUCAGCUAUGAGGAUCCCAAUAUACUCUUUAUGACAACUUUAACAGGGGAAUUCACUACGAUGGAUAUAAGGUCAAAACCCUCAAAAUGUGAGCUCAAGAGAUUAUCCGACAAGAAAAUUGGGUCAUUCAACAUAAACCCCAGCAGACCUCACGAAAUUGCUACAGGCUCUCUAGAUAGGACACUUAGAAUCUGGGACGUGAGGAAGAUCGUAGAUAAACCCGAAUGGUCCCAGUAUGAAGAUUUCCCCAGCUACCAUGUGAUAUCCACCUACGAUUCCAGGCUAAGUGUCUCGGCAGUCUCGUUCUCUCCCACGGACAACACACUGGUUUGCAAUGGUUACGACGAUACCAUAAACCUUUUUGACGUGAGUGCGAACACGCUUCCGGAAUCAUUAGAGCCUAAAACUACAAUCAAACAUAACUGUCAAAGCGGGCGGUGGACAAGUAUACUAAAGGCAAGAUUCAAGCCGGACAAAAACGUCUUUGCCAUUGCUAACAUGAAGAGAGCGAUCGAUAUCUACGACAGUCAGGGCGAACAAUUGGCUCAUCUGAAUACGGCAACAGUACCUGCAGUACUGGGUUGGCACCCACUGCGAAACUGGAUCGCCGGAGGCAAUUCCAGCGGGAAGGUGUUUUUAUUUACAGAUGAACAAGACAUCAAGAUAGAGGAAGCAUGA